AUGUUUUUAACGAGGAAAAAUCAAUCGAGGAAGCGGCUUUUGCAGACUAUGGACGGAGAACUAGAUAUGGUUGAAGCACUUGGCUUAUGUGCCGCGACUAUGAAGAGACCAAGGAAAGAACGGGGUGCGGAUGAAGAAAGAAGUUCCUUGUGGUGGAGAAAUGGUUACCGAAAUUGGGACGAUACUGCGUUCAAAAAACGUUUGUGUACAAAUCGAGCAACGUUUCAGUUCAUUCUUGGUAAGAUAGAAGACCAACUAGUCAAAAAGCCAACUCGUUUCAAACCUGAACCGAUACCCUCAGACACACAACUUGCCAUUUGUUUGUAUCGAUUGGCCCAUGGAAGUACCUACAGCACAGUAGGAGACCUGUUCGGUGUUGCAGAAUCAACUGCAAGUGUCAUUUUUAACCAGGUAUGCAAGAUACUGGUGUCUUUACGACAGAUGUGUUUACUUGCCAAGAAACUGAGCCGAAUGGAAGCAUGAACUUGAAAGCUUCCUUGAGAACUGGGAAUUUCCAUGCGUAAGAGCCUGGAACGGGUUCCAUGUUUAUGUCAGCACAAAGUUAAAAAAUUAUUUAGCUUCAAGAAAGAGAUACUCAGUAUCCAGCAUGGGAUUUAUUGCCUCUAAUAAGAAGUUUCUUUGGACAGCUGUAGGGGCUCCUGGCUCUGUCCAUAACUCGAGGCUUCUGAAAAGUUGCGACCUCUUUGCCGAGAUUCAGCAGGGACAUGUUUUCCCAAAUACUGUGCUAUGA